CCACGCCUACCUGUGACUGAGGAUGAUGAGAGUAGCGAGUACGUAGCUCUAAGCUAUGCUUGGGGGAAGCACUAUCCCCUAACUACAAAAAGAGCCUCUCUUGCAACGAGACUAGCCGGGAUUCCAAUCAAGGACCUUCCGAAGACAUUCCGAGACGCCGUCGUCCUAGCUCGCUUCCUCGGUAUCCCGUCCCUCUGGAUCGACAGCCUCUGCAUCGUCCAGGACGACCCGCACGACUGGGAGAUCGAGUCUUCCCGGAUGGCAGCCGUCUAUUCUAACGCCGUGUUGACCGUGGCGGCCGACGAGGCCAAAAAAGCGAGGGAAGGGUGUUUAAAACCCCGG